CACCGCCCCCUCUCCCCGCCCCGCGAAGGAAUAUUUUCCCGUCUGGUUUUCUCGUCGAUUUUCUUUUCCCGGAAACCACCAAUCCCCUACCCUUUUUUUCUUCCCUCUCGCUCUCAUUGUCCGCUUUUUCCCGAGCGCUCCGCUGUCGAGCACAGGUUGUCUCCCGCGAUUUCAGCGCGAUCCUCUGCCAGGUUCGCUUCGGCAUUAAGCCCGAGAUCUGUUUGGGUCGCGAUUGGAUCUCAUGAGUCGCUACGAUUCCAAUCCUUUCGAGGAAGAGGAGGUUAAUCCCUUCGCGGACCAAGCAGGUAGAGGGAAGGGGGCAGGCCAGUCAAACUAUGGUGGAGGUGCUUUUUAUAUGACAAAUCCUGGCACUGUCCCACCUGCAACUUCGAGGCUUUCACCUCUUCCUCCUGAGCCAUAUGAUCGUGGUGCAACAAUUGAUAUUCCUCUUGAUAAUGCAAAGGAUCUCAAAGCAAAGGAGAAGGAACUUCAAGCUAAAGAGGCCGAAUUGAAGAAGAGGGAACAGGAAUUAAAACGAAGAGAAGAUGCCGCAUCUCGAGCUGGAAUAGUGAUCGAGGAGAAGAACUGGCCACCUUUUUUUCCUCUUAUCCAUCAUGACAUUCCAAAUGAAAUACCUAUCCACCUUCAGAAGAUUCAGUACGUGGCCUUCACGACAUUUCUGGGCUUGGUUCUUUGCCUUCUGUGGAAUAUUGUGGCUGUGACUACUGCCUGGAUCAAAGGAGAAGGUCCCACAAUUUGGUUUCUGGCCAUAAUUUAUUUCAUAUCUGGUGUUCCUUGUGGUUAUGUGCUAUGGUAUCGACCUUUAUAUCGUGCCAUGAGGACCGACAGUGCCCUUAAGUUUGGGUGGUUUUUCUUGUUUUACCUGUUGCACAUUGGGUUUUGCGUCUUUGCCUGUGUCGCUCCUCCAAUUAUAUUCAAGGGGAAAUCUCUAACAGGAAUCUUGCCCGCAAUAGAUCUUCUGAGUGGUCAUGCUUUGGUUGGGAUAUUCUACCUCAUUGGCUUUGCGUUUUUCUGUGUCGAAUCACUUCUCAGCAUCUGGGUCCUUCAGCAAGUUUAUAUGUAUUUCCGAGGUAGUGGCAAAGCUGCAGAGAUGAAGCGCGAGGCUGCUAGGAGAACCAUGAUGGCUGCGAUCUGAGAGUGCCAUUCAUAGGAUAUGGGUUUUGUAAAAAGUAGAGGCAAUCUGUGCUCUUGAUGAGUUUAUUUCAUUUUGUGGAUAUUUUGAUCACCCUCCUUUGACUGUCACUUAGGACAUACAACUUAUUAUAGGAUUCUCACUGCAACAGGCUGCAUAGGUCAUUCUUCUUCUCUGCUUUAGAAUGUGUAAACAAUUCCUUCAUUUUGCGCAGAUUCUCUUUUUUAUGUUAUUUGAUCA